AUGGAGUGUACAGCCUCAGUCCGUACUUCCUCGCGCGCCGCGAACGAGGUUGCUUGCUUUUUCUCAGCGAUAGGGCCUUUUAGUGGGCGAGGAACCUGCGUACUUUUCUACCGCUCGCUCUCCCCACUUUCUCCUGGUCACUCGAAACGGCCUUUGGGACCAACCGGUAGCCAAACACACCUUCGUGCGCCAUCAACCUACAGCCACGCCCCAUCACCUAUCCCAGUUCCUCUUUCACCACUUGGCAUCUUACAACAUCAGCUCGACGACGCCUCCCCCAAUGUCCACAUUCUCCCAACUCCUGCCUCUCAUCGCAGCCUUCUACGGCUUCCUCUGGCUCUACGUGCGCCAGAAACGGAAGGAAGAGUGGGCGGAGAUUCGCGCAAACAUGCGGAGGAAUGGGCUCGAGAUGGAUGA